CAGGGGCGGACUGACAACUCAUGCGGCCCCCGGGCAAUAGGGGAUCAUGGGGCCCCUGUGUCCUCUCCCAAACUCAAACCACACCCAAAAAAGCCUAUGAAAGGUACCAGGGGCAUCUUAUGGGGCCCCCUACUGACCCCGGGCCCUUUGGGCAGUGCCCGAGUUUCCAAAUGGUCAGUCCGCCCCUGGUCGGGUGUCAUGAUAUCAUGUACGUACCUCUAUGACUUGGCUGCGCACGCGUUGUAUGGUGGAAAUGCCGGCAAUUUGGCGGCUUAGUCCGCUAUUUAAGACCUGUGAACUGAGGCAUUAUUUCAAUAACUAUAUUUCUUGAG